CCAGUAGGGGACGCUGUUUGUCAGGGUUAUCUUAAUGCAGGAAAAGGGGAGGGAAAAAGGCAGAUAGGCAAUGAUGACAUCAGCAGGAAAUUAAUAUCGGACCAGAAGAUCCAGUUUUCACCAAACGGCCAGCAGGUCUUGAGCUCUCUUCCCGCGCAAAAGGAUUCUAAUUUCUCUAAAACUUUGUUUUCAGGCAAUUUCCUCGAGAACCAUUUACCUCCAGAAGAUUGGUGGAACUUGAUCUGAAGGUGGAAUGGCCAUGGCAUCUCAAGGUCUGAGUUCCAGUUCAGAUAAAAACUGUAAAGUGAACUUUCGAGAGAGGCUUCUGAUGAUUGAUUCAGAACUGGGAGCCAAGGAUGUGGAGCAACUGAAGUUUCUCUGCCGGGACUUUGUCUCCCCCAAGAAGUUGGAGACGUGCAGGUCGGCCUUGGAUAUCUUUGAUCUUCUCUUGGCAGCCGAGCUGCUGAGUGAGGAAGACUGUUUCUUCCUCGCGGAACUCCUUUAUAUCCUCGACUGGAAAUCACUGCUGAAGCACCUCAACUACACCAAAGGGCAAGUGGAGAGUUUGCUGCCCACCCAAAGGAAGGUCUCUCUGUUUAGAAACCUGCUCUAUGAACUGUCAGAAGACAUCGUCCCAGAGAACUUACAGCGCAUGAUCUUCCUGCUGGGAGACUCGAUUCCCAAAAGCCCAAUGACCUCUCUAGGUUUGCUGUCAUAUCUAGAGAAACAAGGUAAAAUAGAUGAAGAUAAUCUGACAUUACUGAAGGACCUCUGCAAAAAAAUUGUACCUAAACUUGUAGAAAAGAUAGAGAAGUAUAAAGGAGAGAAAGCUGCCGAGUUAGUGACACUUCCUGUAGACAAGGAAACUGAGUCAUUGUAUCAAGGAGAGGAAGAGCUAUUUUCCCGAUCAGACACUACAAAAUUUCUUACAGCCUUACAGGAGGAGCCUUGUCAAAAUGAGCAUACAAGGAGUAAUGGUGACAGAGCAACAAAUGGUGCACUGGCCUUGGUCUCCAUGACCCCAGCAUCUGUCACCCUGGGAGCAUCUCCCAACACUGUGAAUUCUGAAGCCAAAGCAAAGGAGGUAGCUGUGUACAAGAUGAAUGGGAAACACAGAGGCCACUGUGUCAUUAUCAACAACCACACAUUUACCUCCACCUCCCUGUCAGAUAGACCAGGGACGAAUAGAGAUGCUGAGUCCCUGAUGCGUGUGUUUCAGUGGCUUGGGUUCACAGUACACAAGCAUGAUGAUGUGACCCACGCACGCAUGGAGACGGUUCUGCAGGAACAGAAGAGUCGUCCGGACCAUGCUGACGGGGACUGCUUUGUGUUCUGUGUUCUGACCCAUGGGGAAGAUAUGAAGGUCUACUCUUCAGACGGGGUCCCCAUUCUCAUUGAGAACAUCCUGUCUCACUUCACAGCCCAGCAGUGCCCUGGACUGACUGGAAAACCCAAGCUCUUUUUCAUCCAGGCCUGCCAAGGUAAAGCGACACAACCUUCUGCACCCAUUGAAGCAGAUGCCGUGAACCCCGAGGGCACAUUCCCUCCUCUGGAGUACAGAAUUCCCAUCAAGGCAGAUUUCCUGCUCGGGCUGUCCACUGUCCCAGGCUAUCUAUCUUUUCGACACAUAGAAGAAGGCAGCUGGUAUAUUCAGUCUCUGUGUAAACGUCUGAAGAACUUGGUCCUAAGCGGAGAAGACAUCUUAUCCAUCCUCACUGUUGUCAACCGUGAUGUGAGUCUACAAGCGGACAUCCAUGGAAUAAAGAAACAGAUGCCCCAGUUUGCCAACACACUAAGGAAAAAAGUAGUAUUCCCUGUGCCACCCAGAGCACUUCAGUGGUAGCAGAGAGUCUUCAUCGGCCGUCAGACUUGAAAGGAACCUGUGGCUUUGUCCUGCAACCUCCCACCCAGCGCAGAAACCAGUGGGGGGCCGUGAGCUGGUCUCCACCUGUGCUUCUAGCGACAGGAACCACCUUGUUUUCAGACACAGUCAAUUCUGUUUUUUCUUUUUCUUUUGACAAGUCUAAAUGUUAGAAAACUUUCUUUUUUGAAGACUUGGAUCAUUGCCUUGGUUUUGGGUGUGUACCCUGAAAAGAGAAUCCUUGGCCUCGGUUUACAUAUCUGUGAAAUGCAAAGUGGAACCACGAUUAUUUUAAGAUUGCUUUGAGCUCAAAGAACCCCCAUUCUUAGCCUAGACUGAGCUUAGAUUUCCUCUCUGCACAGCCCCCUGCCUUAGUUAUAGUUCUGUGUCCCCCCUGCAUGGCCUUGUACGUGGGACUAUGAGGCCACAUUCCACCCACCUCCCUCUGCUGUCCCCCUUCCUAAGGCUUCUCUUUUGCACAUCUAGGAAGUGAAAAUUUGGUCUAUGCUCAGCCCAUUGCCUGCUUUAGUGUAAGGACGGUGCUCAUGCAGGAGCUGUUUUUCUUGGGUUGGGUGUAUACCCUGAGGAGAGAAUACUUUGUCUUGGUUUACAUAUCUGUGACCUUUUCUUGGGUUUCUGGGGUUCAAGCUGUUUCUCUUCGGAUGGGGGCAGGUUUGGCUCUAGGAAGAUGGCGGCUCAGUGUGAAGAGAUUGUAAAGUCACAUUCUGUGUUGCUCAGAACCUUUCUGGUGCCAGUGACUGGACACCGAACUCAAACUCACUAAAGCGAAAAAGGGAAUUUAUUGCCUCUUUUACCUGGAAACCCAUGAAUGGGUAGCACAGGCUUCAGACAAGCUUGAAUCAGGCCUGUGUCCAGAGCAGCACCUUUCUCUUGGCUGGAUAUUCCCAGGAUUUGAAGCUGCGCCGUGUGGAUUGCAGUCAACAGCCCUACCUUGUCACUAAUACACUUUGCUCCUCUGUCCCAAGGGAUAGGAAGGAGGCUGCCUCAGGGACUGAAGCUGUUCACAAGGAUCACUGGGUUCUUUUUGGGCAGAGAAAUGCCUGGCUCCCUUGAGGGAGUAGCUCUCUAUGGAAGCAUUGGUUUUUGUUUGUUUGUUUGUUUGAGACACGUCUUGCUCUGUCACCCAGGCUAGAGCACAGGGGUGUCAUCAUAGCUCACUGAACCUCUAACUCGGCCUCCCAAAGUGCUAGGAUUACAGCGUGAGCCACCUUACCCUGCCUUGAUAUGUUUUAAAUCAAGGCUUUUGAACAAUUUUAUGUACUUGAGCUUUCUUUUUAUUGCAAGAGGAACUUUUUCUUUUUAAUUCCUGAAACCACAUUUUGAAUCCUUAGAGCUUAGACUUCGGUGGGUGGUUGAAAGUCCUUUGGGUAAGGCCUUCAUUUAUAGAUGAGGAAGCUGAGGCCCAGGGAGGUACAGCAACUUGCUCACAGUCCUCCAGCCAGUCAUUGCUUACGGGGUUUUAUUUCCCACUUACGUGAACUGUAACGCCACGGGACAUCACAGGACAUCAUGAAUGUUCCCUUGGAUACGCAGGUGCUCAUAAAAGAUGUCAAGGAAUGAAGAAAAAUAACUCUCAGAGUUGUCUGACUUUAUGUGAAAGUCAAAUUCAUUUACUGUAAAUUUGCUGUAAGAAGUAUUCAUAAGAACCUGUUAUAAUAUAUCCGGUCACCACAUGGAUUUAAAUGCAGCUUGACUGAGGAAAUAAGUCUAAUGCAUGUGUCAGGAUGAUCUUCUCAAGCCAUUGUGCAAGCAAAUCAGGGCUAACAGCUGAUGGUCACAGUCUUUGUCCGGCUGAAUACAUAAGCCUUUGGCCAUUGAACGGUCCUCUGCUCAGGAAGGGUGGCAAGGUGCACAGGAAGGAGGGAGCAAAGGGUCUGAGGGUCAGAGCCUUGGGUUUCCAUUUCACCCCUCCACUCCCUUGCUCUGAGACACUACGUCAAGCUAGGUUUUUCAGCCUUAUCUGCAGAGAAAAUGUUAGCUGUUGGAAAGAUGAAGGAGAACGUGUUAUGUGUGUAGCCAUUCAAAUCUACUUGUGUGGAGGUGCGUAGAAGGCCUUUAGGUGACAGGGUCUUGUGGCAGUACCCUCAACGGAAAUAACAGGGCUUGAGUUCCUUUGCUCCUUAUUCCGGCUGACUGUAUUAGCAGCAGCUCAACACUGGCGGUACCGUCUGACGUGCAUCCUCUGAGGGAAGAACUAAUUCUCCCCUCUCUCGUUCAUGGUGUCUGCAGCAGCAGGCGGCCAGCCCUUGGCUCUGAGUUCUGUUGGAAAAAACACUGUGUUUUUAUUUAUUUUUUAUUUUUUUAAUUUUUUUUUUGAGACAGAGUCUGACUCUGUUGCCCAGGCUAGAGUG